AAGUAGGGCUGCCGCUGGAGCAGAAGACACUCGCAGGGCACUGGGUACCCAACACUGAGCAGACCACUGCUGGAGCUGAGAAUGUACUGUAGUGGCAAGCCUCUGCUCUUCCUUGCUUUGGCAUGGGUGCUGCUAGCUCACCUGUGCAGCCAGUCAGAAGCAGCAAGCAACUUUGACUGUUGCCUUCGGUACACACAGAGGGUUCUUCCUUUCAGAGCUAUUGCAAGUUUUACAAGACAGAAGGCUGGCGAGGUCUGUGACAUCAAUGCUAUCAUGUAAGUUGUUCAUAAACUUUAAUUCAUUUACUACAGCAAUAUGUGGAAAUUUCAGAAACAUUUCUUAACAUAUUGAAAUUUUAAUCAGAAACAAUGCACGGAACAAGUAGUUUUAUUUUAUAUGUACUUCAGAGUCUAAGUAGGACCAAAAUAAAUCAGAAGUUUAGCUUUUACUUUUUGAAAAAGUAAAUGUUGCAUGGGACAGGAGCCCCUUUUUAGAAUAAACUUCUUGAAUGUGACACAUGGAAGACAUCUUUGAAACAAGCAUAUUUCUACUAGAAAAUGGGGCUAAUUAGGACAUCACUUAAAAUACUCAUGGUUCAUAUAGGGUAUUAUAAUUUGGAAUAAUACAAGCUGCUAACCAUGUACAUACAUGUUACCAGCCUCCACCACGGCAGCAUCGAAUGACAAGUCUGGGAUUCUCUCUUCUGCAAUUG